AAAAAAACAAAAAAACAAAAAAAAACUCAUCAUAUUCUCCGCAAGUCAAACAAAGAACCACCUGCUGCAAAAGGGGAAUGACGGUGAAGAUUAGGAAAUGGUCGCCAUGGCCGCCGGCCUCAACGCCGCGCAAGUUUCAGGUGGCUGUGAAGCCAAUCAAGCUUGAGGGAUUGCUCGAAGAGGGCGGCCCUGAUACCACCCACAAAUCCGUCGCCAUCAAAAUAAAGUGGAAAGGCGAGCCCAAGUUUUUGCCUUUGAUGCCUCCAUUUCAAUCGAGGCCCAAAAAAGAUGCUUCCAGUGAGAGAAUUCUGAACAAAACCGUUGAGUGGGAGGAGGAUAAGUGGUUCGAGAAUACAUGUUGUUUUUCGCUUGUUUCUAAUCAUCAUGAUCCCAAGUUUGGAGUAUGGCAAGUCACCUUCGACGUUGUAUAUAGGGAGACUAUAGGUUCAAAGGCUAAAAUGGGGGUGAUCGGUAGAGUUUCGAUGAACAUAUCAGAAAUUGCUUGGAACAUGGGCAGUAACUCUACAGUUGAGCGGAAGCUUCCUUUGAGUUUGCAGAUUGAUGGACUUUCCAGAGAAGCUACCCUCACGGUGCUAUUUAACUUCGUUGAAAUCAGGGAACAUCAAGACUCGGCAGCAAUGGCCCGAACGAAAUCUAUCCAAGUAAAAGGUUCAACUGGUGGAGAAAAUGUGAAGGCAAGACGAAGAUCAUUGAGCCAAGAGGAAGUGUGUCUGGAUGAAUCGGAUGAGUCUGGCUCAUUCGCACCAACAAGUUUGUCAAACAAGUCAAGAACGCCUUCUGUUUCAGGAACUGUGCUGGACACAGACAAGAAAGAGGGAUGGUUUUCUUGGAAGAGUAGGCGCUUUAGUUUUAAACGAGCUAAGACUAAAGAUGAGAAAACAGAGAGUUGUAGCAUUGAGAAUAAGAUUGAUGCUGAUCCUCAAUGCUCUACGUCAUCUUCAGUUGAUCCGUUCAAUGACAGCGCAAAACAGAAAGAUGAUCCCACGAAACCUUGUUUAGGAUCAGAGCACCAAGACAACACCGCAGGCACCUGGGAAGAAAAGGAGCUAACUAGUCGAGAUGGACAAGCAAAGCUCAAAGCUUCGGUUUUCUUUGCUUCUUUCGACCAACGCAGCGACAAGGCUGCUGGGGGAAGUGCUUGCACGGCAUUAGUUGCCGUGAUAUCCCACUGGCUUCACUCAAACAGUGACUCAAUGCCUAACCGGUUGGAGUUCGAUAACCUCAUAAUGCAGGGUUCCUCAGAAUGGAGGAAGCUUUGUGAAAAUGUUGCCUAUGUUAAUGAUUUCCCCAACAAGCAUUUUGAUCUUGAGACUAUCCUGAGAGCUGACAUUUGCCCCAUUUCGAUUUCUAACAAUAAGUCGUUCGUAGGAUUCUUUGGUGCUGAAGCAUUCGAGUCCCUGAAGGGAGCCAUGUCUUUUGAUGACAUAUGGAAGGAAAUUAGCAGCAAUAUUGCUGCUGAUGACUCUGCACCAAGAAUAUACAUUGUAAGUUGGAAUGACCAUUUCUUCGUGUUGAAAGCUGAGGCGAAUGCUUAUUACAUCAUCGACACAUUGGGCGAGAGGCUCUUUGAGGGUUGCAAUCAAGCAUACAUAUUAAGGUUUGAUGAAAACGCUAUAAUGAGAAAAGGGGCAGAAAAAGAAAACGCCGAUCAGUCGAAAACUGAAGCAUCAGAGACUGAAAAUAGUGAGGAGGACAAGGAACAGGAAGAGAUAUUAUGCAGUGGCAAAGAAUGUUGCAGAGAAUUCAUCAAAAGAUUUCUUGCUGCCAUACCAUUGAAGGAACUGGAGGAGGAUGAGAAAAAGAAGGCUGGUUCUUACUUCUCCCUCCAUCACCGGCUACAGAUAGAGUUCAACUACAGCUGCUCAUCUUCUCUUCCUCCAUCCUCAACAUCGUCUCCCCUUUCUUCUGUAACUACCACCUCAUCUUCAAGUUUUUCCGAAUGAGCAAACACCAUACACAAUUAUAAAUUAUCAGAACAUGUACAUAGAUUUUUAAGAAGAGAAAUACUCCAUUCUUGUUUUCCUUUUGUUCAUCUUUUUCCACACUUGCUAAAUAUUUCCAAUGAAAACAUAUGAAUGUUCACUUUA